GACCGCCGUCGUCCACCCAGUAGAGUUGGUGUUUCUAUAUCAUACACGUUAAGACAAAAUGGUUAGUUGAAACCAUUAUAAUAUUAUUGUUUCAGCAUGACGAUUAUAUAUAAUUGUGGUUUUUUUGCAGAGAAUGAGUGUGCUACUGCAAAUGGUGGUUGUGAUCACAUGUGCCAGAAUACACCGUCUUCGUACACAUGUAGCUGUCGUGACGGUUACACUCUGGAUGAGGACAAUCACAGCUGCAUAGAUAUAGAUGAAUGCUCUACCAGUGUGCAUGGAUGUCAACAAGUCUGCACAAACACUGAAGGAUCGUAUUCAUGUGAAUGUAGAGAUGGAUAUGCUCUAGAUGAUAACGGGAAGACCUGCUCCAUUAGUUGUGGAGGGAGACUCUUGGAUUCCAGUGGAAGUUUCCAGACACCAGAUUGGCCAGACAAAUAUCCUCAAGCUGACUUUAUCUGCGAGUGGACCAUUGACAUGUCUGCUAACAGCUCCAUUCAGUUUACUGUUGACAGUUCAGCAUAUGGAAUCAAUGGUCGUCCUCCGUGCCAGAAUGACCAUCUCGAGUUCUUUGAUGGUAUGGAGAGUGAUAGUCGGUCACUGGGGAGAUUCUGUAAAUUGGAGGUACCUCCUCCUAUUACCACAUCAACUGGAGCUGCUCGCGUUGUCUUUGAGGGAAGAGAGCAUCAAAAUCGUCCAGCCAGUCGCAAAGGAGUUCGUGUUAUGUAUAAUGUAUCAACUUAAUGGCCUAGAAGGCAAGACUCAGCAUUUUAAGGUUUUAUCAUUUUGUUAUCAUCUUCCGUCUGUUUAAUUUUAAACAACAUUGUCUAACAAGUCCAUUCCUUUUGGUAUUUGUACUGACAUAAUUAUAAUCAUUACUGUGUAUUAUAAUAAUUAUUAUCCUUAUAUUAUACAAGUGGAAAAAUCAU